UCCAAUGUGAGAAUGUGCGGCGGGUAGAACAAAAUUUCCAACCAAGUCUGGUGAAUUAUUUCGCGCUGACGGUUGUCUGAUGGUGGACUGGUGCAGUUGAUAAUGUGAAAAGUACGAAAUGGCUACCUCAGUUCUGUUAAAACAAACGUCGAGGCCGCUGGAAACUAAUGACCUGUUCCCAAAAGCUUUCGUCGCUUCGCUGAAAGUGCUGUUUGAUAUUUUAGACGAAGAUGGUAGCGGGUUGGUGCACGUGAAUGAGAUCGAGAAACGAUGGGCUUCCGAGGGCGGAUCGAGCGGCCUGCCAUUCGGCGUGCUAAACGGUCUCAGGAAAGCGGCUCCAAAGAACGGAAAACUCAGCUUUGACCGGUUCUGCAGUGGAAUAAAACUAUCCCUAAACAAUGAAAGGGGUGUUGGGAAGGGGAGAGAAGACAGACACCCGAAUAUGGCAACAGUACGACCGAAUAACGUGGUUCGACCGAUGGCUGUGAGGGCACGGAGUGCACCGGAGCUUCCCCGUGGGCAGAACGGCAGGCCACGGUCGCUAUCGAGUAACAACAUGGACCCCUCAAGGAACUGGGAACUCGCGGUGCAGAAAGCUAAAUAUAGUGAGGAUAAACUCUACCCUAAGCAUCGUGUGAAGGGGGAGACGAAGCCACAGAGGAGGUCAGCACCACCGGGUGAUAUUAACUCAAACGACCCGUUUCAUCCGAGGAUUCAGAAGGAUUCACACCGUCCAGCGAGGCGUAGUGACGGGGACUAUGAACGGUAUCAGCCCAGGCACCCACUCCCGGCAAGUGCACCCGUGAAUGGGCAUGGAAGGAUGGGGUCACAUCCUCAAAGGAAAAGUCAAGGGGCGCUUUAUGUUCAUCCAAGUUCCCCUGUUGAAGGCAAGAGGGUUGAAAGCAGCAGUAGUCAUCCUGAGAGACGUUCCCCUGGUCACUCACCCAAACCGAGACCCGAGACCAAAGAACGCACAAAGAGAGAGGAUCCAAGACGCCACACUGUAACCAAUGGUAUUGAUUAUAAUUUGUUGAAACGGAUGAAACAGUUAGAGCAGGAGCGAGAUGUACUACUACAAGGGUUAGAGGUAGCUGAUAGAGCAAAAGACUGGUACCAGAGGCAGCUAGCCUACGUCAGGCAAAGACAGCCUGGGUACUCUGGGAACUCACAGUUUACCCAUGGAGAGGACACCUUAUCGUCAGGACAACAAGACCGUUUGGCCUAUCGUGUGGCAAGGAUUCUUGAGAUCAAUAAACAACUCACACAUCUAAUGGAAAACCCAGAGAAGGACUUUCCAGAUCAUAUGAACCUCGCUAUGAGUAAGUUUCAGCCCUCACAAUCGGCGCCUACGAAGCUACGUCCAAGCAGCACAUCUAGCAGUGGAAGUGGAAACGACAAACUUGUAGCAAAACUUCGGGAUCAAAAUAGACUACUUACCAAGGAGGUGUCUCAGAAAAGUGAAUUGAUAACCCAGCUGGAAAAAGACAAGGCAGCCCUCAUUAGACAGCUGUUUGAAUCCAGAGGCAAGAAACCCAUCAGUGAGAUAGCAAACAACACAACUUUCAUCUGAUGAAAGGUAAAAGACCUUAUGCAUUGACGUCAUUCAGCCGCCAUCUUAGAGGUUAAACGAUGAGAAAACUAUGGAAAUGCACAAUUUUGUACGCUAUAUGUGUCGCGCACAGGGUCGGCCUAUGAGGAGGCGCCCUAUUCUAAAGACGUCAAGUGCAUGAGGUCUGUUCACAGGACUAUAAGGAUUGGUCCGGGUUGACCUGAGAAGUGAAAGGUGAAAAGUUGUUAAAAUGUGCCUUUUUAUAUGCAACCUGUUAAGUGCCUGUAUUUGAAGACAGAUUUGUAGCAAGUACAAAGGGAAACUUAUUCUGAUUCACAAGUAUGAGGAAGUUGAUGUUGGAAGUACUCUGAUGUGUUGCUAAGGAGUGAAUAAGAUGGUCAUCACUUGGUGUCACAGCUUCGUACUUCCUUGAAGGAGCUGUUUCACUAUCAGCUGUUGAAAGAGUUGAUACUUGGACCUCCAUGAGCAGGGAUGCUCGACUGAAGUUAAUGAAGUUGGUAAGCACCGGCAACCAUACGGUCACAAGCAAAACAAUGUU